AAUCUUCUGGCUACAGAGAUAGAAAAUGGAAAGUUAACUAGUUCGAAAUAUUAUGGUGAACAAAAGAAGCCUCUAAGUAAUAGAAAGAAACUAGACUUUAAUGAAACAGUUGUAAGCAAGAAAUCAAGUGGUGACAGAAGGCAGAAAAGACCUGAUAGCACUAUUAGAGAAAGCAAGCGUCAUUGUAGUAGUAAAAGGAGUUGA